UGCUCUUAACAGAUUACGGCCCAUUAAGAAGCUGAUCGUCUUCUCUCUCCUCUUGAUCUCUCAAAUCGCCGUUGAAACGAGCUACUCAAAGGAGGCCAUCACAUCAGUGACGCAGCGGCGAGAAAGGGACAUAGGAAGGAGAGGAGAGAGGGCGAUGACGGUGUUCCACCUCUUCAACUGCGGUAUCCUCACCUUCGGCCCGCACGCCGUCUACUACUCCGCCACUCCUCUGUCAGAGUAUGAUACAGGUGGAACAUCUGUUAAAGCUGCUAUAGUUUAUCUGGGAACUGCAUUGGUAAAGCUUAUUUGCCUAGCAACAUUUCUUAAAGUACCAGAGAAUGAUAACUUUGAUCCUUAUCAGGAACUGCUCAAAGCAUUAAUUGGAUUUAUAGAUGUUGCCAGACUUUAUUUUGCAUUGGCACAAUUGACUCACAGAAACAUUUCUCAGAAUCAUUAGUUCCAGGCUGUUGGUCUUGGUAAGUAAGAAAAGAAUGUCUGUUUUUUGGUUUAAUGAUUGGUAGACAUUCUAGCUAUUAUUUUUGAAAGCUGUAGUUUUUGUAGUGAGAUCAUAACAAUGGAGGAUACCUGAAUACCAACUGGUUUUUCACUUUUGUCA